UUUUUGAGAAAAAGAAGGGUGUGAUUCGAACGCGUGAUCCUAGCUCUGGUGAGUUCUUUCUCUUCUCUUGGCUACUGGAAUAGCCAACAACAUAGCAUCCAAAUAGUUUGCUAAACCAGAAGUAGGAGAGACUAAAACUUUCUCCCCCUGCUUCGGCUUGCACACCUGAAAGAAUCUACCAUAUGUUGUAAAUCCACUGUAUGAAUUAAAGGAAGAAAGGGAAAAAAAAGGGAAAAAAACAGACUGCAUAAAUAGGAUAUAAACAGUAAAGAGCACGUUUAACAAGAAAUAACAAACAUUAGCUUAGUCAUUGAAUGGGAAAUAAAUACAUAUAUUUUCCUUCCUUUUGAGUUCUGUCCAUGUUCAAUUAAUUGUUGAGAACAUGUAUUUGAGGCUUAACAAAUUGCCAUCAUUAACCUCUUCAGAUCUACCAGCAACUUCAUCCAAAAUUUUCUUAUUAGUUCUCGUCUUUAUCAAAAUCUUCAAUAUAUAUCUCUUUACCUCUGAGCUUUAACCAAAACUUGUAUACCUCCCACGUCAAGCAUGAAAACUAAAACACAGAGUUCACUUAGCCUAAAGCUUCUUGUCAUAAGCGUUUUCAUCGCUUUCUUACUUUUAUUUGUGUUGAGAUCAAGAUUAACAUCUUCUGGUGAAAAUACAUCAUUAUUAUUAUCUGCUUCUUCAAUUUCCCAUGCUUUUUUACCAACAAGUUGUUCAUCAACAAAAUGUAACAACAAGAUCCCAUCUUCAGUAGCCAAAUCUCUCAUUCACUACGCAACCUCAAACACCACCCCUCAACAAAAACUCGACGAGAUAUCAAUAACAUCCAACAUUUUAGACAAGAAAUCUCCUUGCAAUUUCCUUGUCUUUGGUCUUGGCCAUGACAGUCUAAUGUGGCACACACUCAACUUUGGAGGACGAACUAUCUUCCUCGACGAAGAUGUGAUUUGGAUUGAAAAAAUCAAGAAGAAAUUUCCCAUGUUAGAGUCUUAUCAUGUUACAUAUGAUAGUAAAGUGAAAGAAGCAAAUGUCUUAAUGGAAGCAGGGAAAAAACCAGACUGCACAGCUAUAGCUGAUCCUAGAUAUUCUAAGUGUCAACUUGCUUUAAAAGGGUUGCCUAAUGAAAUUUAUGAUAUAAAAUGGGAUUUAAUAAUGGUUGAUGCUCCAACAGGUUUUCAUGAGAAUGCACCAGGGAGAAUGACUGCAAUUUAUACAGCAGGAAUGAUGGCAAGGAAUAAAGAAAAUGGAGAAACUCAUGUGUUUGUGCAUGAUGUGCAUAGGAAUAUAGAGGACAAGUUUUCUAAAGCAUUUUUGUGUGAUGGAUAUAUGAAGAAACAAGUGGGGAAGUUGAGGCAUUUCACUAUCCCUAGUCAUAAGAACAACUUGGAUAUGCCCUUUUGCCCCUAGAUUUUCUUGAAAAUGUUUUUUUUUCUUUUUCAGUUUAUCUCUCUUUAAUUUUUCUUCUUCUUUUUUUUUUUAGGGGUGAGGAGGUAGUUUGAGGGUUGGGAUUGGGAAAUGAUGGACCAAUGAGGAUAUUGUUUGUGAGAGAGGCAUUUGAGAUUGAGGCUACUUUUUCACCUAUUGUAUUUUGAAUUUUGGUACGACGAAAGUCAUUAUCCAUUGGUUAUUAUUGCUU